UAACACUUUUACAAUUUCAUUUUUAUUUCAGUUUGUGAUUAUGUGAAUAAGUUAGGUUUUCCUACUUUCCGUUCGGCACACAGGCACAUCUGUGGACACCUCCUUACCUAGAGUUUUAAUGUGACCUCUACUGCAGUUGAAAAUACUUGGGAGCGGAGGCAGAAUCCAUUGAUUUUUCUUGACAAUGUAGGGCUGUAUGAAAAGAUACGGUGACAAAUUGAAUGAGAAACCUCUUCUUUUUGUGUAUUAGAAUCGUAGGAAGCGCUUAUGUGCUCCUCGCCGCUUGAUUUCCGAGUCGGAGAGCUCAGUGUUGCCGGGGUAGAGUUCGUUUUAGCUGCACUGCAUCAACAUGGGUGUGAUCGGUGUGCAGCUUGUGGUUACCAUGGUAAUGGCCAGUGUAAUUCAGAAAAUCAUACCUCAUUAUUCCUUGGCAAGAUGGCUACUCUGCAGUGGCAGUUUGCGAUGGUACCAGCACCCUACGGAAGAUGAGUUGAGGAGCUUAGCUGGGAAACAAAAAGGACAGAAAAGGAAAGACAGGAAGUACAAUGGUCACAUAGACAGUAAGCCCCUAACAGUCCCCAAGGACAUAGACUUACAGCUGGAGACGAAAUGCAUCACAGAAGUGGACACAUUAGCAUUGCACUACUUCCCAGAGUUCCAGUGGCUUGUGGAUUUCACAGUAGCAGCAACUGUGGUUUAUCUGAUAACAGAGCUGUACUACAGUGUGGCUCAGCCCUCGGGAGAGAUGAACAUCAGUGUGGUCUGGUGCCUGCUAGUACUCGCCUUUGUUGUUAAGACGCUUUUCUCUCUAACUGCCCAUUACUUCAAGCUGGAAGAAAGCGGCGAGCGCUCACUCUGCAUUACUUUUGCUUUCUUCUUUUUUGUUAAAGCCAUGGCCAUUCUCAUUGUCACUGAAAACUACUUGGAGUUUGGUCUGGAGACAGGUUUUGCAAACUUUUCUGACAGCGCUCAACAGUUUCUGGAACACCAAGGCCUCGACUCCCAGGGUCCCAUAUCUAAGCUCACCUUCAAGUUGAUCCUGGCCCUGCUUUGCUCUCUGAUUGGAGCGUUUCUAACUUUCCCUGGUCUACGAUUGGCCCAAAUGCACCUAGAUGCACUCAACCUAACUACAACCAAAUUUACACAGACUCUGCUUCAUAUCAACUUCCUGUCCCCUCUCAUCAUGGUCCUGCUGUGGGUGAAGCCUAUUACCAAGGACUACAUAAUGAACCCCACUCUGGGAAAGGAGAGUGUGCCUUUGAUGACUGAGCAGACGUAUGAUACUUUGCGGUUAUGGGCGAUCGUACUGAUGUGUGUGCUGCGGCUUGCUAUGAUGAGACAUCACUUGCAGGCUUACCUCAACUUGGCCCAGAAGGGUGUGGAUCAGAUGAAGAAGGAAGCAGGACGGAUAAGUACUGUGGACCUGCAGAAGAUGGUUGCACGUGUUUUUUACUAUUUGUGUGUUAUUGCACUACAAUAUGUGGCACCCCUGGUGAUGUUGCUACACACAACCUUGCUGCUAAAAACCUUAGGUGGUCACUCCUGGUGGGUUUAUCAUGAAGAAGACCUGCCUUGCACCCAUGAAAUGAACUCGGACUCUAUAAUGGGUGAAGCACCAACAGCAGCUCCAACAGCAGCUACGGUGAUAGAAACAGGAGCCCGAGCAUCAGUAGCUCAGCUCUCAGUGGCCCUGGGAGGCCUGCGGACUGUUUUCAGCCCCUUGCUUUUCCGGGGCCUCUUCUCCUUCUUCACUUGGUGGAUUGCUGCCUGCCUUUUCUCCACCUCCCUCUUUGGCCUCUUCUACCAUCAGUAUCUCAUGGCGGCAUAGCAUCACCAGGCCACCGGUGGCACACCCCCCCCCUCCGGCCGCACACACACAACCACAGUGCAACCAAUGUGUACAGCCUGAUCAAAAAGGACUGAGUGGGGGGGGGCAAGUGGAGGCCUACUUACUGCUCAACACCCCCCUUUCCCUUCCUCCUUCUCUCUGACCACCAGUACAAUAACUUCAGUCAUAUCCUCAGAGCUCCUGGUUCAACUUCCAGUGCUUCCUCCAUAGACCAUGAACUCUGACAUUGUUUUUACUUGUGACCACAACUUUUGAUCUGGUCAAGAACAUUUAUAAACCUUAACAAGACUGUAAGAGUAAUCGGUAUCAGCAGUGUGUCGGAAGAGCUGUAAAAAAAAUAAAUAAAUACAGUAGAAUUAAUUAAUUUUACUAGGUGAAAAUUGGUGUGGCAGUUCUGAUCAGUUACACCAUUUUUCUGUGAGGGGAGUUGAAUCCAUGGUAACUGUUCACAACAGAGCACAUGCAAUGAGUUUAAUUCAUCAGCAUCUUCAGAUUUUUGACAUCUUCUGCUUAGAAAAUGCAGGUUCUUUGCAGCUUUGUGCACAUCAGGAAGAGUCUGGCUUAUUUAAACCACAGAGUGCAUACAUGCUGCUAGGGGCCUGGAUGCUAAGAGUCCUUCGGGCAUAUUCAAGGUCCUAAACCUGAUGCACCUUAAAGAAGCUGCAUUUAAACCAAAGGAUGUCACUGAAUCUAGAUCUACAAUCACCUCAGCUGUUUAUGUGUGUGCAUGUGUGGUUUUACAUUUUUGGGAAACUGAUGAUUGCCACACUUGGGCCCAGAUUUGUCUCUUGAUCGAAACUUUUAACAUAUUUUUCAAACUUAAUAUAAUUUGUUGGUUUGUUUUGUUUUUUCCUGCAAUGUCUCAGAGAAGAGUCUUACUAUUUCUUGCUGACCGGUGAGCGUCUGUGUUAGAGGAGGGAGGAACAGGCUGGGAUGUUCCCAGAAUAGCUGCUCGGGAAGCGCCGUAGUCUAACCAGGGUUGUGGCGUCCGUAAUAAAAGCAGCGAGAAGCAGUGUUCAACUCAAAGGGUGACAUCUCGCUGACUCAAAGCUGAUUUCUUUAAAUGUGUCUAAACUGAGAUAGAGGAGAGACUCUUUUAAAGAAAGGCGUAGUUUUGAUAUCAUACUUGCAUUGGAACCUUCCUGGUUUUAACUGAGCCAUUUAUAGAAGAUGUGGGAGAUGCAAAGAUGAUUCAAUGGGAGGGACGGGGUCAGGGUUCACGCUUGUGUCUGCAUCUACAGCACAAGGCUCUGUGCUGAAGGUCAGGUGAGGAGAUGAUGUCAGCAACUGUUGAUAAGCUACUGCCUUUAAAUUGUUUGUUUUGUUUUUACUUCUAUCCAUUCAUUGGUUUUAACCUCGUGAGAACAAUCGUUGAUUUGUUUUCUUUUUUUUCCAGCAGAACAAAUGUUUUGUUUUUUUAAUUUUAAAAAAGCGUGCCAAGUGAGUCUAACCCCCCCCCCCCACCACUCCUCCUGCUUUUUCCUUCCACAGGAAAAAGGAUAAAAAAAGAGGGAAUCACUAGUUCUGCUUCACGUAACGAUAUUGAGGUAUUUACCGUUUCUUUGUAUGCUGUAAUUCUCGGGGGUGGGUGAUUUUAAACAAACGCACAAGCAGUCAUUGUGCAGAUGACACACUGGCCAAUGCGAUUGUCCAGUUUAUUCAGGAAUGUUGGGUACGUGGCGCCAGAUUAAUCGCACAGUGCUGUGGUUCUCUGGCCGGUCAUUUCAUUUUGCUUUUAAUAUACAAUCGAGCUGUAAUUUCAAAAUUCCAGCUCAGUUUUGUACAGAACCACCAUAUCAAUGUUUCUAAGCUCCUGAUGUCAAAAGUCUUAGCUUUAGUUGUGUGUUUUUAAAGGAUGGAGAAUAUGCACAUAAUGAAUGUAUCAAUCCUGCCUAAUUUCGAGAUUUUUUUUUUUUUUGUUUCUUUGUUUUUUAUGGAAAUUAUUUGUUUGAUGACUUGAUUUAACACCCCUCACUCCUUGUACUUAAACUCCUGUCUAAUCUGUCUAAAUCUGCCUCUCAAACAAAAUGUAAUUUGUCCUAAUGACCAGUUUAAUUGAUUGAUCUGCAUUUUUUUGUUGUUUUUUUCUAUUUAUUACACAUAUUGAGGCCUGUAAACAUUUCUCAUUUUAAUGGCAAACCCUUUUCUUUCGUUGUCGGAGUGUGUGGUGGGCUAAAAUCAGUUUUGAACCUGUGCUUGACGGCGUGGUUCUGAUCGGUUGUGAAAGAGUUCUUUCGGAUGCCUUAUCGGGCAUCGCUUCUUCAGUUUGUUACCAUUGAAAGUGUUUGUUAUUCAUUGCUGGGUUCACAAAGCAAAUUAAACACACUGUUGUUCUUUCAUGUAUUUAUUUCUGCUUUAGAGUUUAGUCUUAAAUAAAUUAUGUUCUUUAAUUUGUCCUUUUUAAUGUCCUUGUAGUCUGCCCGCCCUGUAGCUUCAUACACAACUUUAGCAGUAACACACCUGGGACGUAGGUUAAUUAUCAAAACUUAAAAUGCAAUUGGCUCAUUAAGGUCAGACCAAGCUCCGAAAAGUUAAAAGAAGACCUUGUGCAUUUUGUUUUAUCUGAUUUUUCUAGCCAUGCCACCUUCUGUAACUUGUUUCCAGAUGAAUAAAGAUGGAAACUCAUUUUUUACAGGACAUUUCUGGUGAUAUCCCAUACUGUAGUUGUGGAACGUGAUCAACAGAGACUGUACUUUUGUGGACUCUCUCUUCCAAAGGAUGCCAGCAGGAACCCUAGAAAGAACAAUAAGCAUUGUAUUAUGUGUUUCACUCCCAGUUUAAUUAGUUCUCACAGACAAAUCACUUUUUUUGGUGAUGGAAAAAGGUGUGGUUUCUGGUAAACUGCUAAAUUAAUAAAUUGCUGAUGUUUU